AACUAAAUUGCAUCAGAGUCCAGCUGAACCAAAAUGGAAGAGAAAAACCAAGGAGCCCAUGUUGUAUUCCUCCCUUAUCCAAGCCAAGGCCACAUAAACCCUCUCCUCCAAUUUGCCAAACGUUUAGCUUCCAAAGGUGUCAAAGCUACAAUAGCCACGACCCAUUACACUGUCAAGUACAUUUGCGCCCCGAACGUCGCCGUCGAGCCGAUCUCUGACGGAUUCGAUGAGGGAGGAUUUUCUCAAGCACAAAACGAGGAUGUGUACCUCAAGGCCUUUAGAGACAAUGGCUCGAGAACUUUGUCUCACCUCAUCCACAAGUACCAAGAUUCUUCUUUUCCAGUCAACUGUAUCGUAUAUGAUUCAUUUCUGCCAUGGGCUCUGGCUGUUGCAAAGGAAAAUGGUAUAUAUGGGGCAUCCUUUUUCACCAACUCGGCCACAGUGUGUGCGAUAUUCUGUCGUAUACACCGAGGCCUGAUCAGUCUGCCUGUGAAACCGGACGAGACGCCCCUGCUCCUGCCCGGCCUGCCGCCAUUGAACUUGCCAGACUUGCCAAGCUUUGUCUUGGCACCAGAAAGUCACCCUGCAUACUUGGCCAUGAAUUUGCGUCAGUACUCUAACGUGGAAAAGGCUGACUGGGUAUUCGGGAACACCUUCGAAAAAUUGGAAGGCCAGGCGGCAAAAGGCGUAUGGGACCUCUGGCCAGCAAAACUGAUAGGUCCAAUGGUGCCAUCAGCAUUUUUGGACGGCCAAAUUGCAGGAGACAAGGGAUACGGAGCAAGCCUGUGGAAUCCACUCGGCAGCGAAACCAUCCAAUGGCUAGAAACAAAGCCACGGGGGUCCGUGGCGUACGUCUCUUUCGGAAGCAUGGUUUCAUUGGCAGCAGGACAGAUGGAGGAAGUAGCUGUGGGAUUGAAAUGCAGCGAUUUCGAUUUUAUUUGGGUGGUGAGGGAGUCUGAGCUUGGCAAAUUGCCUCCUGAGUUUGCAGAUUCGACAAAAGAAAAGGGCCUGAUAGUAACAUGGUGCAACCAACUGGAAAUGCUAGCACACCCGGCGAUCGGUUGCUUUGUAACUCACUGUGGGUGGAACUCGACGCUGGAAGGGCUAAGCCUCGGCGUCCCGAUGAUCGGAGUGCCCAAAUGGGCUGACCAACUGACUGAUGCUAAGUUCAUAGAGGAGAUAUGGGGUGUUGGUGUUAGAGCCAAGGAGGAUGAGAAGGGAAUUGUGAGGGGAGAAGAGCUCAUUUCUUGUUUGAAGCAAGUCAUGGAGGAAGGGGAGAGAAGUCUUGAGAUCAGAAGGAAUGCAAGUAAAUGGAAGGCUCUGGCAAAGGAAGCAAUUAGUGAAGGAGGGAGCUCUGAUAAGUGCAUUGAUGGAUUUGUGGAACAUUUGAAGUGUAGGAAUUAGAAAGGUUGACAAUUAUCGGAUAUUGUUAGUUUCGAAAAAUAAAACACUUCGGUGCGUAAUUUUUAAAACUUUUUUCAAACGAAAUUAAAGAACUCAUCAAAUACUUUGAUUUGAUCAUCAAAUACUUUGAUUUGAUGCAAAGAAACUCAAUAAAUGAUGGGCGGAAAUACUUACUGUUUUUAAAAAGAAUUACACAUCUUUUCGUAGAGGGACGGGCAAUGUAAGAUGGAGGUAGAAUAAAAUACAAUGAAUUUGAACAAGUCUAUCAUGGAGUGUGGAUGAUGUUUGUUGUACCCCUUUUUUUCUCUGGUUAUUUAUAUGUUUUGUUAGGUUUUGGUUUGCGUUUCCCCUUUUGUUACUUGUUUCCUGUAGUAGAAUAGUGGGUUAUGUUUUCUUUUGAAAUUAUCAUGCAGUACUUUCAGUACUGUUCACGUUUGUUUUG